AUGGGUGAAAAUUUCGACAAGAUCACGAUUUUUGAAACCGGGCACUCAACGGCGUUCGCCCACGAAAUCGGCACGAUGAAUGGUGCCGUCGGUGGGAUGAUGUUCCAAGUGAUGGACGGAUUGCCGCAUGGUUUACAUCCACAACUUGCACAAGGCUCUCAUCAUCACCACCAUCAUCAUCAUCCGCAUAUGCCUGCGCCAAUCACCUCGUCGAUGAACAGGAGUCAGAGAUGUGGCGUUUGUCGAGGCUGUCAAUGCAAGCCUUGUGGUCAAUGCACAUACUGUCAAGAUAGUCCACAAUUUGGUGGUCCUGGCGUGAAGAAACAGUCUUGUAUUGAGAGGAGAUGUCUGCGAGUGCUCGAGAAUCGAUUACAGCGUGAUGCACCCACAUUUAAAGCGCGAGUCGGAUGCAACAAUUGCGAAGAUUGCCGAAUGCCCGACUGUCAGAUUUGCCUAGUUUGUCUCGAUAAGCGCUUUUUCGAGAAUCGCUAUAUGACGGGUGCAAUGUGUGCGAAAAAGCGUUGCAACAAUGCGACAUCAAUCGAGUUGCCCGUCGCUGCACCACAACAUUUGCAUGAUUUUCAUCAAAGACAGGCUCAAAAGCGUUGUUACGAGACGGGCGCCCCAUUGCCGUUUGACAUGAAGCGGCCGGCGGUGAUGUACGGGGCGCCGAUGCCGCUUCACGCCGCUCAACUCAUGCAACACCGCCAUAUCCUCAUGCCCGCACCACCGGCACAUCAAUUCGAUAUGUGCAUGCCGUUGAGAAUACCGCCUGGUGCUCCUAUGCCUCCGCUCAGUUUACCCACGCAAAAUCCUCACGCUGGAUCGCAGAAUCUUCUCCAAACUUGUGCCCCAAUCAACGAUUUGAUGAAGUAUUCACCUAGUGUUUCCACAAUACAAACGGGUCAACACCUACCACCGAUCUCAUCGCCGAUGCCUCCCACUCCCUCACCACCCACAUCGGGUGCCGUUCCCCAAGGUGGCGCCAAAUCCGAUGGAAGCUCAUCAGCCCCGCCCCCAACAACACCCACUGCCACCAAUGAGCCUUCGCCCAAUGCCCCGCCCAUUCAUCAGAUUUCAAUGUCAUCCGAAGCGAGCCCGGCUCCUCUAUCACUGUCCACCCAACCGAUGUUGUUGCCGAUGGACGCCUAUGGAAUGUUGCACCCGUAUGUUGGACAUCCAAAUGAUUUUUACACAAAGUAUUACAUGGACGAGCAAAACGGUGAUCCAUUUCUUCCGCCAUCCUAUGCUCCCGAGAUGAAAAACGCGGUUGUUCUUCAACCGCUA